GCCGCCCGGCCGCCCCCCGCGCGGCUCCCGCACGCGCGCCGGGCGCUCGCAGCGCUCUCCCGGCCGGCUGCCGCCGCACCGAGACGGCGCGCGCAGGUAUGGCGCACGAGGAAGGAGCUACCCCUGAGUUGCUAGAUGCUCUCGUCGACAAGCGCCACCGGUCGUACAUGUCUGCGGUCCGUGGCAUCAGCUUAGGGACGUUUCGGGCUCGUGUGCCCGUGUCGACGAUGCCGAUACACCGUCGCUGGGUUCCUAGGUUACGCGCUUCAGGUCUUCUCCCGAUUGCGCGACUUGUGGAGGGAGAUAUGGCCGACCCUGCACGUCGACCUAGGGACAGGGCUCCACGGUUCCAGUUCGACAUGUCCCUCCUCGCGGCACUUCUCGACCGUUGGCGUUCGGAGACGCACACGUUUCACCUCCCGGUUGGUGAGAUGACCCCUACUCUUCAGGACGUGGCGAUGCUUCUAGGCUUGCCGUGUGCUGGACGAGCUGUGGGUGCAGAGGACGUGGGACUCUCGUGGCGCGAUGACCUUUUGGCUUGGUUCGCCGGGGUUCAGCGCAACGAGCUAGCGUUGCCGUACCGGCCCUUGCCUACGAACCACGCACACGGACCGACAAAGAGGUGGCUUCUACAGUUCAGUGCGGACUACAUGAGGGCAGACGCAGACGACUUUACGGUUGCCAGGCACUUCGAGGCCUACUUACUGUGGCUGUUCGGCUGGGUCAUGUUCUGCAGCUCGCAGGGUGACUCGUGCCCCAAACAGCUCAUUCCUUUGGCGAGGUCAAUAGCUGACGCUCCACUUCACGAGAUGCCACAGUUCAGCUGGGGUUCUGCUGUUUUGGCUGCGAGUUACAGGGGUCUUUGCACGGGCGUGACGAAGGUCUCGGCAGAGGAGCCCAUUUUUGUUGGGUGUCCUCUACUGUUACAGCUCUGGUCUUACGAGCGCUUUCCCGUUGGUAGGCCAAAGAUGGACUUCGAGCCGUACGUCCAGCUGUCCGCAGACCACGACGACGUCGACAGACCUACGAUGGGUUCGUUGUGGUGCCUCAGGAGGCCUUCUUGGGUCGGCGUGCAGACGAGGAAGUCGUACCACGACUUCGUUGGUCAGUUUGACGCUCUUGUGGACACGGACGUGAGGUGGACUCCUUACACUGCAGCCGACAUUUACGCCCGGGCACCGAGCGGUCUUUCGUCCUUAUGCCUGCGAGAUCACGAGUACUGGAUGACGAGGAAGCCGAUCCUUUACGACAUCCACAUCGAGGAGUACCACGUUCACCAGGUUAUGAGGCAGUUCGGUCUCUACCAGCAGACCCCGGUCCCGAUUGUGCACUCAGUGGAGGCCCACGUCCACAGGUGGACACGGCAGGGUCAGCCACCAGGCUCGCGGUGGGCCGACAAGGUCCGUCCUUACGUCGACUCUUGGGCCGCGGCCCUCGACGACGUCGUUUUCGAGGAUCGGCCGCACAGCGACGAGGAGUUCGCGGACUACCUACGGUGGUACCUGCCGAGGACGCGCACACGUGUCGUGCACGUUCCACCAGAGGCUCCGAUCGAGGCCGCAAGGGUGUCGGAGACGUACCCCGUAGUUCGAGAUCAGAACUUCGCCAUAGCGUACGAUGUCAUACGAGCGAUUGAGUCCGAGGCUUCGUCGAGUAUGGGCCAGUACCAUGACAUGACGCCCGCCCAGCACCAGAGCACACUGCAGAAGAUCGUCGAUAUGUGCAAGCGAUUCCGACAAGCCGUGACCUGUCGUGACGACAACACCUUCCUCCCACCUCGCAGUUCGGGGCCGGUUCCUGUGACCGGUCCAUCGUCACGACGGUCUGCACCCGCGGCACAGUCAGGUCCAACGCCACCGCCACCGCCACCUGAAACGAUGACGACACCUUCGGGUUCUGCAGUUUGGCCCACGUACGUGCCGCGACCGGCACAUUUGUACUCGGCAGCGCCCGGCUCGUCGCUGUUUCCGUCGAUGGAUCCCUACGGCGCUGGAUCUUCGUCUCUUCAUCGUCCAAUACACGAUUUAGAGUACCGGCAGGUGGGAGGGACAGACGACGAUGAGGAGAUUCAGGAGGUAGACGACCUCGCGCAGAUGGAGUGGGUGAACACGUUCUUCUCUUCUGCACCGACGCAGGAGGUCGUCGGCACUUCACAGCUGGGGGUGCCCCACUCGCGACGCAGGACUACAGUCAGGUGGAACAGACGCCUGUUCCUGAGCAGGGUCGUCGGUCCACUCGCCAGACCAUCCUGCCGGAGCCACUGA